CACCCUUCCUCGCCCGGGAGGUGCCUCCGUGUCCCAGCCGCUGCCCCACAGGCCAGAUGGAGGCUGCAGGGGACAGAACAGAGCCGCCAGCCUCAGGAAUGGCCCCAGGGUGGCCAGCAGGCCCAACACCCCUGCAAGGGGCAAGGUCCAUGCCUGGCCCAAGGAGGUGGCGGUGGCCCAGGCCGAGCUCACAUGGUAACAGCCCACAGGGCCAACGGACCAUGGGUGGCCCUUUGUGCCCAGAGGAGUGGCUGCAUCCGAGGUCCAGGGGAUGACUGCACCCCACACUAGGUCAUAAACUCAGAAAGGAGCCCUGAAGAGAGGCAAUGACCCAAGCCCUGGCAGUGACCAGGGCAGGAACCUGUCCUCAGGGAGGAACGUGCAGCGUGGCCCUGGCUGCCUGAGUGAGGGCUGCCCCCACCUAGUUGAUUAAUGGCCUCCCAGGGGAGAAGGCCACUCAUCUUGGAGAUGCAGGCCAUGUGGGGCUCCCCACAGCUGCUGCUGCUGUGGCUGUUGGUGCUGGCAGCAGGUGGCACUGGGCACGCCUACCGGCCCAGCCGCAGGGUGUGUGCCGCUGCUGGGGCUGCCCCGGGCUCCAUCUCCGAGUCCUUUGUGCAGCGUGUAUACCAGCCCUUCCUCACCACCUGCGAUGGGCACCGGGCCUGCAGUACCUACCGAACCAUCUACCGGACCGCCUACCGCCGUGGCCCUGGGCUGGGCCCUACCAGGCCUCGCUUUGCCUGCUGCCCCGGCUGGAAGAGGACCGGUGGGCUCCCUGGGGCCUGUGCAACAGCAGUAUGCCAGCCACCAUGUGGGAACGGAGGGAGCUGUGUCUGGCCUGGCCGCUGCCACUGCCCUGCAGGAUGGCGGGGCAACACCUGCCACACAGACGUGGAUGAAUGCAGCUCCGGAGGGGCAGACUGUCCCCAGGCCUGUGUCAAUACUGCAGGGAGUUACCGGUGCCAGUGCUGGGAGGGACACAGCCCAUCUGCAGAUGGGACGCACUGCCUGCCCACAGCAGGGCCCCCCCAGGUGGCCCCAAACGCCAUGACAGGAGUGGACCCCACGGCGAGGGCAGAGGUGCAGAGGCUGCAGACGCGGGUAGAGGCGCUGGAGCAGAAGCUGCAGCUGGUGCUGGCCCCUCUGCAUGGCCUGGCCUCUCGGGCCCCGGAGUACGGGCCCCAGGACCCCGGCAGCCUCCUGGCCCACUCUUUGCAGCAGCUGGAUCGCAUCGACUCACUGAGUGAGCAGAUCUCCUUCCUGGAGGAGCAGCUGGGGUCCUGUGAGUGCCCACGUCACCUUCCUGCCCUCAGAGGCCCUGGCUCCUCGAGAAGGCAGGAGGGUGGGACCUGAGAGCGGCCACAGGCCAGGUGACCCAGCCUCCCGUUCACCACCAGGCUCCUGCAAGGAGCUGUGAUGACCUGUCUCGAGCCCAAGGCUGGACUGAGCCCACGAGCCUUGCAUCCCUCUUGCCAGGGCCCACGCUGCUCCUCCCCGUCCCUCAGGGGACUCCCAGUGUUCCCCAGGCUUCUGAUAGGCCCCUGCCAGGCUCUCCAAGGUCUGGGGGAAGGUACGAGGGUUCCCUGCCUGUGCUGGGAUGUGGGGUGUGAUAGGCAGCUACCCAAGGUGGGGCGGGCCUGUCCCCAUCUGAAUAAACUGGAGACUUGAAA